UGUGGGAAGAAAAGUGGGGACAUGGGCCCUCCUUGUGGAGCGGAUCAAAUGAAAAUAGAGCAGAUGGGGUAGCUUUUUUAGUGAACAGUAGUCGGGUGGAGGUAACAGGGUUCACGGAAGUAAUUCCAGGGAGAGUGAUUGUUGGGUGUUUUUGUGUUGGUGACGUAGCAUUCAAAGCCGUGAAUGUUAAAAUUAAAUUUAGACUUUGAAAAAGCAUACGAUCGGGUCUCGCACCAGUACAUGUUUCAUGUACUGCGAAAAAUGGGGUUUCCUGAGGGUUUUUUAGCUCGGGUGGGGCUCCUGUAUACGGAGGUAAGGAGCAAGAUCCUGGUAAAUGGGCGUUUAUCAAAAACAGUGGCAGUGAACUGUGGCGUCCGGCAGGGGUGUCCUUUAUCCCCGCUACUGUUCGUUUGUUGCGUUGAGCCGCUGGCACAGAUCUUGAGAAGGGACACCUGGAUUUCGGGGGUAAAAAUACCGGGUAGUGGGGGGAGGGAGGCCAGGUGCAUCCUCUAUAUGGAUGAUGUCACAGUUUUAGCUUCGGACGCGGUUUCGGUCGCCAGGGUUUUAGAUUUAACAGAGUUUUUUGGGCAGGCCUCGGGGGCAAGACUGAAUAAAGAUAAAACGGUUUUAAAAGUGUAUGGAGAAUGGACACAAAGGGAAUUGCAAAGUCUUCCUAUAAAAACUGACGACAAGGAUAUGAAGGUGUUAGGUGUGAGAUUUGACAAAGAAGGGUUGGGCGGGAAAAAUUGGGAGGACGUUUUAAUGAAAGUUAAAAAGAAAUUGCAGUUCUGGAGUUUUAGGUAUUUGACGUACGAAGGGAAGGUUUUGAUUUUAAAAUCCGUCUUUUUACCAUUGCUUUUAUUUUUCGGAGUAGUGUUUGUCCCAUCUCGUUCUGUGUUGGCCCGUCUGGACUUUUUAGUUUUUCGUGUUUUCUGGGGCGGGGGAUGGGAAAGGCUGCAAAGGGUGUGGGUGAAAAAGGAGCGGGGUAAAGGGGGAAAGGGAGUGCCGGAUUUUAAUAGGAUUUUAAUGUGCCAGUUUGUGGCCCUUCAUGUAUCUUUGUGUGUGAAUUCAGAAAAUAAGGCUUCAUGUUUCGUACGGUUUUUUAUUGGGGGCUUUUUGAGAAGGUUGGGGAUUUUAAAAACAAACCAAACUCAACCGGUGGCCUUUGACAUGCCAGUGUUUUAUCAGCCUUUUAAAAAGUUUUUAGCAGUGAGUGGGUUGGAAGGGGAGGGGGCUGAGACUCUAUCCUCAUACCAUAACAUGCUCUCUUUUGUGCACGGCAGGGACGAUACGUGUGCAGUGAGGGGGCUGGCACUAGGUCAAGCAGAAGAAGUGUGGAAGGCGGUGGCCCACCCGGACCUGCUGAAUCGUCAUAAGGACCUGGCCUGGCUGGCGGCACACAAAAUUCUCCCUGUCCGGCAAGUUAUGACCGCCCGAAGGAUGAUGAGGACUGCGGUGUGCCCCCAGACGGGAUGCACACAUGAAGAGACUGUACGGCACCUGCUGUGGGACUGCUGCACAGCCCAGGCCCUCUGGAACAAACUCACCCCUCUGGUGAAACUGAUGGGUUUUAAAGAAAGACUGAAGUGCCACAUGAUUUUAUACGGUGAUGGACACCUUUUAAAAACAGAAAAGUGGAGGCCGGUGUGGCAAGUUUUAAACUGCGGAAAGGACGCUUUGUGGACGACAAGAAACCUUCGACUGCUACAGGACAAGGACCUGACACCAGAGGAGGUAAAGAGAGUGGCCUGGGCAGCAGUGAAAAGAUACAUGGUGCGGGACUACAGGAGGAAUGGACUCGAGGGUGCCGUAGUGUGUGGGGGCACGCCGCGUGGGCAAUGGUGGUGGGACAGGGAGGGCCAGCGGGGUCAGGCCAGGACUCCUAAUAUGGCGGGGCAGCAGAAAAGGAGUGAAGGCAGUUAUUUAAGGACAUGUCCUGCCCUCUACAAAAAGGCAUAGGUGAGAAAUUGUGGUAUGUAUUGGGUCAAAUACCAGAAGGGGUUUUAUUGUCAAAUGUAAAUUGUUUUAUUUAAUUAUCGAAGGGAAGAAUGUAAUCAUAAAACUGUUUUUAUGGCAUAGCGUAUUUAUUUAUUUAUUUAUAUAUAUAUAUUUUUUAAAGCCAGUGAAAUAGAAUUUAAACAGUUAGGAG